AUGCCUGACGGGACCCCUUAUGCAGCAGCAGCUCCUAGAUACCCUCACCAAUAUCAUGCAUUGGGGCCUCUAGUUGAUGUCAGUAGUCCUGAAGGCGGCUCAGGACAGCAUGGCAAUACCCAUGCCCAGAGUUUGGGCAACCUUGCUGAUCCCCUUGCAAUGAAUGAAUUCCUUCAGACACAGGAAGGACGGGUAAACGCAUUUCUCCAGGUUUCUGAUCGACGAGCUGAGGCACAGCGAUCUGCGCUUCAGCAAGCAGCGGACCGUCUGUCCAACAUUGCCAACAGUUUCGGGGCCAUCGUGUCCCAGUGGAUGAACCAAGGCCCAGACUUGAAUCACGAUCUUCAGAAAGCUUACAAACGACUUUCAGACAUCAACAGUCAGCACCUACAGCUGAAGCUUGAACACGAGAUCCUCAAGAAGCAGUUGCAGGAGGCGAACGCCAAGAACGACGAGACUGCCAAGGAGCGAGACGAGCUGCGAAGACUCGCUGACGGCGUCAACUGGACAGGAUCAGCCAAGAUAUCGGAUCAAGAAAUUCAGAGCAAGUGGAAGCAGCUGGAAUAUAACAUUCGCUCCCUGGCAAGUGUCUUGGCCAAGUGUGAGACGAGAGUGCCAUUAAGCAAAGUGACCAGAAACCGAUUGAAUGAGGUCUCCGGAGCCUGGCGAAAACUGCUUGGCGUCGAUGAUUAUAAGAGCUUUCUCAUCGGUGCUUAUAUUUGGACUAUCGUAGAGACUGUCUUCACGACCGGAAGGGAAUUCUGCAGUGGUGGCCAUAACAUCGACCUGAAGGCCAUGCGAGCUGCAUUUCUCGAAUAUGCUCCAGAAAUUGACAACCCUUCACGCCCAGGACCAACGCUUCGAAAUGUAGCGAGAUGGUUUGCCCAGGGCACAGCACUCUUUGGACACUUCUUCGGGCGUGACCAAAACGCCUUUAGACGCGAGGCACGACUUGAAGUUGAGAUACUGAAAUCGUUUUGCAACAUCAACGCAGACAAAUCGGGAACCGAUUUCCAGCAAGAAAUGAAAGCCAUCCUUGAGGCAGCACUGGAUCUUGACGAGAUGUUGAUGAGCUCCAGGGCGAUCUUCUUGGUUCGCUGGCCCCAAGACGGACAAUCCGAAACACUGCAGCGUUUUGACGCAAAUCAGAUGGAGUCACUUGCAUACACCAAGGAACCUUCCUCCAAGACAAUUGUCGGAUUCUUCAUCUCGCCGGCGCUCAUCAAGAUUGGAAACGCUGAUGGCUGCAACUACGACAGUGAGAUGACUCUUUGCAAGGCCACGGUGGUGUGCGAUUAA